UUAGUAGUUUACAUUGUCAUUGAAUUAUAUUUAUAGGCUUUAUUCCGUAUUUUCUUUACCUAUUUAAUUUCGUUUGUUUUUUAUUAAAUAAACAAAUUGUAACCUGGGCUACAUCUCAUCCAUUCUUGAAGUGUCGAAUUCCAGUGAUUCGUUUUCAAACUCAGUGUGUUGUACAGCGUGUUUAGACAGCGAGUGUGAAAUACUCAAACAGGUGUAGAGACACAGCCGAUGUGUCAGAAGAAAUACUCCGCAUACUCCUGCUGCUGAUUCAGUGUGAAGAGGCGCGAAGAGCAGAACUGACUAACAACAGCUGUAAAACUUUGAUUUCUUUCUGGUCCCAUUUCAAAGACGAGCAUUAUACAUGGGGGAUAAGAAGAUUACUCCUGAAGUGCUGGAGCAACUACUGCAGUUUUACAAUCUUACCCGUCAGGAGUUCAUCGAGACGUACCAGAUCGAGCCGCUGGUUUACAUCCCGGAGUUGCCCGCUGGCGCCAAAACUACGUUUGUUAUCGUGUACACGGUGAUUUUUCUGCUGGCUCUCGUCGGAAACAGUGUCGUUGUGUAUAUUGUGUUAAGAAAGCGAGGGAUUCAGACCGCCACAAAUAUCUUCAUCUGCUCUCUAGCCGUCAGCGACCUGCUCAUCUCUUUCUUCUGCAUCCCAUUCACUCUCCUGCAGAACAUCUCUUCUGAAUGGUUCGGCGGUGUGCUGGUGUGUAAAACUGUCCCGUUUGUUCAGACCACUGCUGUAGUGACCGGCAUCCUCACAAUGACCUGCAUCGCUGUGGAAAGAUACCAGGGCAUCGUACAUCCUCUGAAAAUCAAAAGACAAUGCACCCCACAAAGAGCAUAUCGAAUGCUGGGGGUUGUCUGGAUCGCAGCCAUGAUGGUUGGAUCACCAAUGCUUUUUGUUCAACAAUUAGAGGUGAAAUAUGACUUUCUGUAUGAUAACCAUCAUGUGUGCUGUCAGGAGCGCUGGAGGUCGAGUGCCCACAGGAAACGAUAUGCAACAUUCAUCCUAGUAUUCCUCUUUCUGCUGCCUCUCGCAGCCAUGCUCAUACUCUACACCAGAAUCGGGAUUGAGCUCUGGAUCCGCAAACAAGUUGGAGACUCUUCAGUCCUCAAUGCUAUGAAUCAAAGGGAGGUCAGCAAAAUAGCCAGAAAGAAGCGAAGAGCAAUCAAGAUGAUGGUCACCAUUGUCGUGCUGUUUACUGUCUGCUGGGCUCCCUUUCAUACAGUUCACAUCCUGUUUGAGUACAGUUACCUGAACAAGAAGUAUGAUGACGUCACAGUUAAUAUGAUUAUAGCUGUCGCACAGGCCAUAGGCUUUUCAAAUUCAUUCAACAAUCCCAUUAUCUAUGCUUUUAUGAAUGAAAACUUCCAGAAGAACUGCAUGUCCACGCUUUCUGUUUGCAUUAGGAGGUCCAGCCACCGUGUGGACGUAAAGGACAAAUCAAAAGUGCUUUUUUGUAAGUCUGCCAGGCAAGAUGAAGAGAUCUCCGUCAUGCCUAGAAUACAUAUAAUCGAUCAGGUGCAAUACGCAAGAUCAAACAUGCGAACGUCUAUGUCAUUUCUAGAGGAGAGAAUGUCUGUGGAGAACAAUAGGAUGCAUGCAGGAUGUAUUAGAGACUGAUCUAUAAUUAUAUACAUCUAUGUAUAUAUCAAAUGUUUUAAAAAGAAGUUUCUCAUGAUAACCAGGGCUGCAUUUAUUUCACUAAAAAUACUGUAAAAACAACACAAAUAUUGAGAAAUAUUACUACACUAACAGUAACUCAAACUAUUUUUAUUAUAUUUUAAAAAAAUAAUGUAUUCCUGUGAAAGCAAAGCUGAAAGAUGAGCAGCCUUCAUCAGAGUUUCAGUAUCACGUGAUCCUUCAGAAAUCCUUCAAAUACACUGAUUUUCUCAAGGGACUUUUCUUAGGAUGUUAAAAAAGUUGUCCUACUUAAUAUAUUUGUGGAAAUUGUGAUGCUUUUUGAUCAUCUGUGUCAAAAGAUCAAAUCUGACAUGAAAAUAAUCUGUAAUAAUAUUUAUAUCUUUACUAUCAGUUUUAUGUUUGUAGUAACAUUAACAAGGUCAUAAUUAAAUAUAUUUAAAAUAAGCAAUAUUAAAUCAGUAAAUCUAGCUAAUUUUGUUGUGUCAUUUUUGACCCACCCAGUGUGUUACUUUCGUCCCUUGCCGAUGGGGUCAAAAGUAACAAUGUGCUACUUUUGAAGUGAAGUAAUAUUGGAGGUGUUCUAACACCUGGUUUUAAGUCACCUCUCUUGUGAGCUAGUAACCACAGCAAAAAUAAAUUUCUGUUAAAAACAUUAUCUUUUAAAAAGAGGUUUUUAUGAAAAACGUUGGGUGAUACAGUGGCUUAGUGGUUAGCACUGUCGCCUCACAGCAUGAAGGAUGCUGGUUCGAGUCCUGCCUGGGUCAGUUGGCAUUUUUGUGUGGAGUUUACAUG